AGAAACUUAAUUUACUAUCUUCGUCUCACGGUGUCCUACACAUCCGUGCAGUAUGUAGCUCUCAUAACUCAUCAUAGGUUACAUCUACUAUUAUGUAUUCCCAGGUCAAGUGGUGGACCAGAUGGCACAGCUGUUGAAACAACUCGAUGAAAAGAAUCAUGACCUGCAGGAGGCAGAAGAGAUCUUCCAAGAGCUUCAAAACCAGUUUGACGAGGAGAGGAGACAAAAUCAGAAAAUGAUGCAGAAACUUGCAAGUCUGGAAGCGACCUGUACUGAGACACAAGAUAGAACAAAUAACCUUGAAGCAGAAGAGAUGAAAUGGAAAAAAGAGAAAAAGGAAUUUGAAGAUGUUAUCUUUAAGCUUCGAAGCGAAAAGGCGCAGACUGAAGAAUACUUACGAUGUUUAGAGGCAUUAGACGAUAUCAACUCCGUUAGUCUGGAACUCGCUCAGCUCCGAGAAACCAACAAACAAAUUCGUAAUCAGCUCAAUCUGAAGGAGACACAGUGGAAAGCAGGUGAAGACAAAAAAAGAGAUCGACUCAUCAUCGCGGGGCUAGAAACCAACCUACAAAAAAGACAAGACCUCGUGUGAUCACGUGACAAAAUUAUUGCAGCAGCACGAGAUGAGAACUAGCAAAAAUCCCGCAGAAAAUAUGAAACUUACAGCUAUACCCACAAACACAUACAUAAUUGUAACAAUAUGAAACGCACGCCAGCAGCAGUUACAUAAUUCAUCUACUCCUCCCAGUUCUUGUUAGCACAUCAGACCUGUCUCAGAGUUGUCUUGCUCCUGAAUCAUUCAUUCGGUCGCUUUGUACCCGGGUAUAAAGAAAUACCAAGCGUAACAAAAAUAUAAAUAAUCGGUUUGAAAAUAUGUAAGGUGUCUGACACUGACUUCAUUUCACUUUUAAAUGUGUUUAUGUUCAUUGGCUGACUAUUUUCUUGCCCCACUGCCAUCUUACCUGUACAAUGCCAGGGCAUGAGAGGGCAAUGACAUAACACUUUAUUAGCAGGUUUCAAUUCAGUAGCAUAUUUUUAAUCUUUUCUAAACUAUAAAUAUCAUAUGUUUAUGUCAAGCAAAGCUGUACUCUUUGUUCAACUAUUUGUCUUUCAGCUCAGGUCGGCCAGGGGGAGGCUGC